CGGUUAACCUAUGAAGGCUUUUCAUCCGGGACCCCACGUACUGCUCUCCCCUUUCCUUGUGGCUUCUGGCAAUCAUGGGGCGUCGACCAGCCCGAUGCUAUCGCUACUGCAAAAACAAGCCAUAUCCCAAGUCACGUUUCAACCGUGGUGUCCCUGACCCAAAGAUCAGAAUUUAUGAUCUGGGACGCAAGAAGGCCAUGGUGGAUGACUUUCCUCUGUGUGUGCAUAUGGUCUCAGACGAGUACGAACAGCUGUCUGGCGAGGCAAUGGAAGCCGCUCGUAUUUGCGCUAACAAAUACAUGGUGAAGUCCUGCGGCAAGGAUGCCUUCCAUAUUCGCAUCCGGACCCACCCUUUCCAUGUGGUCCGUAUCAAUAAAAUGUUAUCGUGUGCUGGGGCUGAUCGGCUCCAAACAGGCAUGAGGGGGGCUUUUGGCAAACCCCAGGGUACUGUGGCUCGUGUCAACAUCGGGCAGACCAUCAUCUCCAUCCGCACAAAGGACGGCAACAAAGCUGCAGCCAUUGAGGCCCUCAGGAGAGCUAAGUUCAAGUUCCCUGGUCGCCAAAAGUUGUUUGUGUCUCGCAAGUGGGGUUUCACCAAAUUUGACCGUGACAUCUACGAGCAGUGGAGAGCUGAAGGCAAGCUCAUCCCUGACGGUGUCCAUGCCAAAUACAUCAGUGGCCAUGGGCCUCUUGCUGCAUGGAAGAAACUCAACAGUUAAUCUGUACACAAUUAAUAAUAAAGCAUCUACCAACUGCUA